AUGAUCUUGUUAUUUAUGCUGAUUGCUUACAUGCUGCCAAAUGAUUUACCAGCGGUUGCAGACCUCGUGGUCACUCUUUCGCUCACGGCACGUUCUUUUCGCUUCUCCAUAACCAAACAAGUCGACAGGUUGAACGUUGAAGGCUUUCUUCCACAUACUGAGUCGGUUAUCGGUUACCGACGGUCAUGGCGUGGUGGCUUUGGCGACUUGAACCCGAACAGGGGCGGAUCUGGCCCCGAGAUCCGGUUGGAACAGUUUGACGAUUGUUGCAACAAUAACAAUAUACUGGAACAAGAAGGUGCUGUGUUGACCGGCAAAGUGGACUACAUGUUUGAUGCAUCCGAGACCUGGUGGUUGGCACGGCAUAGAACGUCAACCCAGUGCAUUGUCCUUUAUGAUGACUGUGUUAGUGAUGUCAGAUGCAAACGAAUCAAGUUGGCAGAUCCGUCUAUUGAGUACCUUCAAGUGCUCGUCAAAAGUUCUGCAAAUGUCAACGCGGGUUUGAUAUCAGCGGCCCGUCAUCUGUGGAACCCCUAUUCGGGCCCGCUGCGUCUUCAAAGCUACAAGCAGUACUAUUAG